AUGGCGGACGACAAGGCAGCGCACGAGGGCGCAGAGCAGCGGCAGCGCCCAAAGCAGACGUAUGGAACGGUGCCGUGGGAGCCCGGCAAGUCUCGCGUUGAGCCCGAGACGCUCGCCUAUUUGACGGAGGUCUCCGAGCACCUAGCGACGCUGGAAGACCCCGAAGAGCGAGAACUGCUUCUGAACAACGUGCUGGACGAGCUCGAGGGCAAAGAGCUCCGCAUCGCUGCAGACGCGGUGUGCAGCCGCCUGCUGGAAACGCUGCUGGCGCCGGCCGCGCCGCGGCACCUCAUAUCAUUCCUGGGCGCAUUCACUGAUGAGGACGACAUGUACAAGCUUGCUGGAAGUGCAUUCGGCUCGCAUGUCGCCGAGGCGCUGCUCUCGCGCCUUGGGGCCGCGGCGGCUGCGGGGCAGCUGUCCGGCGAUGACGCGGCGGCGCUGGAGGGGCUUCUCGACGGCCUGGCAGCGGUGGUGGGCGACCAGCUGCACGACUACCUGAUGGACCGCCACGCCACCCACGUGGCCCGCGCGCUGCUGCGCGCCGCGGCCGGCCGCGACGUCGUGCCCGCGAGCAAGCAGGGGAAGCAGAAGCAGCAGGACCGUGUCGAGGGCGGCGGCGGUACUGCCAAGCAGCAGGGCGGAGCUGGGGACAAGGCCGUGGAUCCGCUCGCUGAGAAGCUGUCGGGCAGCCAUGCCUUGGAGCACCCGCCGCCGCUGUUCCCCGGGCUGGUGUCCCGCCUGGCGCGCAUGCUGCCGUGCUACGAGCCCUCCAGCAUGGCGGCGCUGGCCAAAAAUACGUACUCCGGGCCCUUCCUGCAGGGGGUGCUGCGCGCAGUGGCGGGCGACAGCGCCGCCGCGGCCGCUGAGGCGGCGCCCGGCUGCGUGCUGGCCAGCGUCACCGAGAGCCACAUGAGCAAGCUGCUGCGUGACGACGUGUACAGCAGGGUGCUCGAGGUGGUGCUGGCAGUGGCGCCCCCCGCUUUGUGGUCCGAGUUUCACGAGCGCUUCCUCAAGGGCCGCUUAAUGCCGCUCACCAGCCACCACGCCGCAAAUUUUGUGGUGCAGGCUGCGCUUGCGGGCGCGCAGGGCAAGCAACAGGUCGCAGUCGUUUUUGAGGAGCUGCAGGGCUUCCUGGGGCCGCUCCUGCUCAAGCGCCGCAGCGGCGUGAUUGCGGCGCUCAUCGCCGCCUGCGGCCGCGCAGGCGCCUGCCAGCGCGAGGCAGCGGCUGCGCUCGCCAAGGCACUAGGCGGCCUGCCGCAGUGGCAGGGCCGGGAAGGCACCUCCUUUCUGGCGCCGGCCCUGAUGACCCUCGACACCGGGGCGGUGCUGGCCGGCGGCGACGACGGCGGCGCGCGGCUCAGCACGCCCGGCUGCGCCCUGCUCGCUGCAAUCCUGGGCUUCCCCAAGAACGCCAGUCGCGACUUCGCAGCCAGCGUCGCUGCUCUCACCCCCGCGGACGCCGCGCGCUGCGCCGCCGACCCGGCUGGCAGCCGCGUGCUUGAGGCGCUCAUAACGGGGCCCGCUGGGACUGAGACCAAGAAGCAGCUGCUGGGCAAGCUGGCCGGAAGCUGGGGGAAGGUGGCGCUGAAGGCGCCAGGCAGCUUCCUGGUGGAACGGGCUUUUGGCUGGGGGGACAUCGAGGCAAAGGAGGCCAUCAUCUCGUCGGUGGCGGCACAGGCGCAGCAGCUGCAGCACUGCUAUUGGUGGCCGCGCCUGUCCCGCGCGCUGGGCGUAGAGGCCUAUCAGCGCAGCGCCGACGAGUGGCGGAAGCGCGCCGCCUCACAGGCGGCCACCAAACGGGCGUACGACCAGAUGUUUGGCGGCUUGGAUGGUGGCGAGGCAGGCGGCGGCGGCGGCGGCGCUGCUGCUGGGAGCGCUGGGACCGGCGAUGGCAGAGGGAAGAAGCGGCGCAAGGAGCAAAAGGCGGAGGGCAAGAAGGCGCGGCGCGCCCUGGAGGCACAGCAGCAGCAAGAGUUGCACCAGCAGCAGCAGGAAAGGGAGGAGGAGGAGGAGGAGGAGCAGAGGCACGAGAAGCCCAGCCAGCUGAAGGAUGCAGGCGGGAGCAGGCGCAAGGGCAAACGCAAAAACAAACAGGAGGAGGAGCAGCAGCCCGUUGAGGAGCUGCAAGCAGCAGCGGCAGCCGAGGGCGACAAGCUGCCAAAGAAGGAAAGACACAAGCGCAGGGAGCCAGCUGCUGUUGGCGCGGCGGGGGUGGCAGGGGCAGACGUGUUGGAACGCGGCGCCAAGAAGCGGGAGAAGCGGAGAGAAGGGGACACCGGCGCCCGCAACGCUGAUGGCGGCGGCGACGCGGGUGCGCUACGGUCUAUGGACGGGAUCAUGGCCAUGCUAGGCUUCGGGCCGUCAGCGGCGGCAGCAGCAGCGCCGGCUGCCCCAGGGCGGAAGGCGAAAAAAAAGGGCAGCACAGGGGGCGCCGCGUGA